AAAAAUGUAUCCUUUUCAAAAUCAACAACAGCAGCAGCAACAACAUGUACCUUUGCCACCUUCACAACAAACGCAUUAUCAACUUCGUUACCCUCCAGCAAUGCUGCCGCCCAAUCACGCUGCUGCUGCAGCUGCAGCAACAAUGGGCCAACCUCCUCCCUUCCAACCACCACCAGCAACAGGCCAAGCACAUCAACAACAUCCCCUUCAGCAACAAGCGAUGUAUCAAUAUCACAUGGCAGCACCACAUCCUUCCACAUUUCCGCCCCAUCCAAGUAAUAUCUAUAUUGCUUCAUCUUCCUUACAACAACAUGCUCAAGCACCACAACAACUUCCUUCUGGGGGGCAAAAUGGAAUAGUUAGUGGUGGACAUCCAUCACUUCUUGGAGGUGCUAAUAUUCAUCCAGGCAUUAAACCUUCUCAAAGAGAAUCAGUAGACAAAUUAGUAAUGCAAAUAUCCAACCCAAAACAACAAAUAACUCCAGAAUUGGCAUAUGAAAGACGUUUCUUCUUUGAAAGGCUUAUAAUGUUAAAUGAACAACAUGGGGAAGUUUUGAGUGGUCCACCACAAGUUUCUAAAUCGCCAGUGGAUUUAUACUCGCUUUAUUAUGCUGUUAAAUUACGUGGAGGAUUUGAGAAGACAAUUCGCGACAAAAUUUGGAAAAAUUUAUGUGUUGAUGCAAAUACUGAAAUGCAACAAUCAUCAGCAGCAGGCUUUCAACUACGCAAGCAUUAUCAAAAAUAUUUAUUAAGAUUGGAGUGCCUUGAAACUGGCCAAAAUAUAAAAGAAUUGGUUGAUUUUGCUGAAAAACAAAAAAAGAAGAAAAAAGAAAAAGAAGUUAUUCCCCCAACAGCAGCAACGCCAAUACCUACAGCUGGAGGUCCUGGUACUCCUUCAUCAAGUACUUCAUCUUCUGUAGCUGGGAAAGAGGAACAACAACAAAUUAAAGGAGAACAACAACAACAACCACAAAGACCUUCUCCAUUUGGAGGUGUUGUUAAUGCUUAUCCUCCAACACAAGGUUCUUUAAAAUAAAUUUUUUUGAGAUUGGGUAUCCUAACUUUUUACUAGAGGGAAGAGAUAAGUACAUAUUAUUAAUCAGUUGGACCUCACUAUAAGAGGUUCGACUGAUUAUUAAAAAGAAGAGAGAGGGUUUUCUUUGG